AUGACGUGGGAAGAUCUAAAUAGAAUGAAAGGGAACGUGACGUUCAAACUCUUCCCGCUGUUCCUCGGGGCUACAGGCGGGAGUGAGCGUAAACUUGACUUGGGGACGCCUCUCCAGACUGAUGAAUGUAUUGUUUCAUUGCAGGAAUGUCGGAUCGCACAUCCUAUUGUAAAAUGUACUUACUGCAGAUCAGAAUUUCAGCAAGAGAGCAAAACUCACACAAUAUGUAAGAAAUGUGCUCAAAAUGUGAAGCAGUUUGGCACACCCAAACCUUGUCAGUACUGUAACAUAAUUGCAGCAUUUAUUGGCACCAAGUGUCAGCGUUGUACAAAUUCAGAAAAAAAAUAUGGACCACCUCAGACUUGUGAGCAGUGCAAGCAACAAUGCGCUUUCGAUCGGAAGGAAGAAGGAAGAAGAAAGGUUGAUGGGAAGUUACUGUGCUGGCUCUGUACUUUAUCAUACAAGAGAGUUUUGCAGAAGACAAAGGAACAAAGGAAGAGCCUGGGGUCUUCACAUUCAAAUUCAUCCUCUUCAUCUCUUACUGAGAAAGACCAGCAUCAUUCAAAACAUCACCACCACCAUCAUCACCAUCACCAUCGUCACAGCAGUAGCCAUCACAAAAUCAGCAAUUUGAGUCCAGAGCAAGAGCAGGGACUGUGGAAACAAAGCCAUAAAUCCUCUGCAGCAAUUCAGAAUGAAACUCCAAAGAAAAAGCCCAAAUUGGAAUCUAAGCCAUCUAAUGGAGAUAGUAGCUCUAUAAAUCAGUCAGCAGAUAGUGGGGGAACAGACAAUUUUGUCCUCAUAAGUCAACUGAAGGAAGAAGUGAUGUCCCUAAAGCGUCUUCUACAGCAGAGAGACCAGACAAUUUUAGAAAAAGAUAAAAAGCUAACUGAACUAAAGGCAGACUUUCAGUAUCAAGAGUCGAACUUGAGAACAAAGAUGAACAGUAUGGAAAAAGCUCACAAAGAAACUGUGGAACAACUACAGGCCAAAAACAGAGAACUACUCAAGCAGGUUGCAGCAUUGUCAAAGGGUAAAAAGUUUGACAAAAGUGGAAGUAUACUGACGUCUCCUUGAGAAAGUACUUACUCAGUUAGUGUUUCUACAUACAUGUAAAUUUGGAAAAGAAAAUUCAGUGCAGCCCUUAAAUUCUGUGAGGUGAAAAUUAUUUUUGCACACCAAAUGGUUUGGCGUGUUUCCUAUUCACUUUUGUAACCGAAAUGCAGCAUUUUUUAAGUUGUCAAAGAAUUCAAAUAAAACUUCAACUGGUUUGGAGUAACUUUUUAAUGAUUUGAUACCCAGGAACUUUUUGCCAGCAAUAGUAUUAAACAGUUGUAAAGGAGUGCAUGAGUAGUGCUCUUUAUGAAAACACAACAUGCAAUAAUAGAGUAGGUAUGGUUUGAAAACGUCAAAAGUAGCAGGGAGUUUUAGGGUUUUAUUUGUUUUGUUUUAUUUUUACACGAUGCUAACUUCAGAUAAACAAUUUUCAAUUUAGAAAUGCAAAAAUUUUAACGGAAAUGGUGAACACUGGUUUGGGGGGAAUUGUGUUUUUACUUUGCAUCAACAUGAACUUAGGAAAGAAUCACGGUGCUUUUAUUAAACUUCAGAGUAUAUGUAAAUAUGUCUUCAAAAUCUACAUCAUUAACAUUAGUUAGUCACUUCGUAUUUUCAUUAUUGGCAUAGGACAAUUUUAUUGUACAGUAUCAAGGUAAAAUGUGUUUCGGUUUUGUAAAAACUACUGUAGAUUUUUACUUACAAGUGCCUUUUUGCCACCUAAUGUUUUUAUUUAUAGGAAUGCUGAUCUUUUGUAUAUAAAGUUUGUUUUAAAAUCAUGUUUAAUAAAUGUUUGUAUAUAAGUGCAUAUGUACAGAAGCCUAUUUCAAGAGAAAAUCAAAGUUGCUAGUAAAAAGUUACAUUAAGAACUAACUGAUAAUACAUAUAGAUUUUAGAUGAUUUUGUGGUUUAUUUCUGUGUGAUAAGGGAAGCUAUUGGUCAUUGAAUUAUGUCAAAAACUUCCCCAAAGAUUUAAUAUUAAAUCACUUUUGGUAAUUUUAUUUUGUAUGUUAUAUGGCUUCAUGUUCAUACUAUAUGAGUUACAUAUUUUGCUUUUAUAAAUUUUAUAAUGUUUCUACACUGAUCUCUUCUUGUUUCCAUAUAUCCAUGAUUAUCUAAGUUAAUAUUUAUGGACACUAUACCUAAUUUGUGUAACUGUUCCAUCUAAUAUGUGAUUUUACUUUGAAUAAAUUGGCAUUUAUAAGAUUUGGGCACUAUUUAUAAGGAAACUGCCUUGACAUCUGCAAAGCUAUCCAUCAAAGGUUACACAAGGCUGAGAUAGGUGGUGAAGGUACUGAAUUAUAUUCUGUCCAGUGGUUUUCAUCCUGAAAUGAGUUCUUUGAGUAAUUUGAAAGUAAGAACUUGAUCAGUUCAGACUUUAGUUCAAUUUUUGAAAGCAUCUAUACAGUAUGAUUCCCCCCCCCCCCACCUAGGAACUUAGGGAAAGCUAUUAAAUUUGUUCAUUUUGAAAAUCAUCGUUAUAAAGAAGCACUGAUUAUGAAUGUCUGUCAAAGAUUGUCUUUCCUAAGAACUCAUGAAGAUUGUAACAAUUCUUUAUUCCUACACUGUUGUUAGCUGCCCUUGACUCUGCUGACCCCAUGUCAGACUGGAGGGAUCUGUAGGGUUUCGUUAGCGGAUAUUUUGGAAGCACAGUACCAGGCCUUUCUUUCUAGUCUGGAAGCUCCCCCGGGAACUUCCUCAGUGCCAUCGCGGCACAGAAGUCUCCAUUUACAGAUGUUGUCCAUUACAGUUACUCAUGAUAAAAUUAGACCACGUGUUUCUUUGUCCAAUUUAGAGAUACUUAACCUGACAUAAUUUCAGGCAGCAGCAAAAGGUUGACUCUGUCAUACUUUGAAAAAUUGACCACUUUAUUUUUAUGAAGUUUUUAUGUAAUCAGCUUAAAUUUAGUAUUCUUAACAGUGAUUUCAAGGAUGCUUCCAUAACGUAGGUUUAAAUGUUUGAGGACUUCCUAAAUUCAAGGUAGUUGUUACUUUUCUUUACAACUGAUGGUGGUUUCUGUUCUGGUUUCAUGACAUUUGUCAGUUCCCAGUGGUCACUCUGAUUUUAACAUGCACUGCGUGACCUUGAAGUCAGUCUUUCCCCACUCCCUUUUUAGAAAGUCACAAAGGAUCGAUCAGUCUAAAUAAUUAAACUUUGUAAAUCCCAAGGCUAAAACCUCUCAGAUGCUUCACCAUAUUCAGUCCUAAUUAAAUGCGCGCUCUUUAUUCCGUGAUCUUAUUUUAUAACUUAAAGCUUUUGAAAUUGUAUAAACUAGUAAUUGCAUCUCAGUCCUGGAUCUAUCUGUCUGUAGUGUAUUGACACAAUGAGCUGAUAAUCUUUUAAAUAUGGAUAUGUAAGGAGAUAAUAUGGUGUGCUGUAUUGUGUUUUUAGCUUGUUUUCAGCUGUUAGCAUUUAUCAGUGAAAGGACCAUUUUGGGUCAGGUUAUUUAUGAAUCAAUAGCUUGUGAAUAUUGCAGUCCUUUUUAGAUGUAUUGGUCUAAAUAUGCAUUCUGCAGUGAACCUGGUAAUCUGUUCACAUGUAUAAACUAUUGAAAUACUGUACUUGUAUACAUCUGAUUGUUGACAUUUUGUACUUUUUUUCUAAAUCUAAUAUUUCACAAUAAAAACUUGUCAAAAACUGA